AUGGCGUCUUCGAGGCGAUAUUCAAACGAUGAUUGGGAUUCGUUUGAAGAUUUAGAUAAUUCGUUAGACAAAGCUUUGAAUAAUGCAUCGAACAAUUUAUUUCGAUACACCAAUAGUAAGGAUAAUUCCCGCCAGAAUUCCCAGCAAUCAGUUGGGGCGAUACCGCUAAAUAAUAUGAGUCUGGAAAUGGACCGUGAUGAUUACAGAAUGGAAAACGAGGAGGAUGAUAGCUCACCAUUGAUUGCAACCGGCAGUUACGGACAGUCGAGAUCAUUUUCAUCAUCAACAACUUCUUUAAAUAACACCACGAGAUCAAUAUCGUUUACUUUUAGAAAACUUGUUAAGAGAACUAUCGGGCUUUUCAAAUUGGCAAAAUGGGAAUUAAAUCAGGAAAGAGCGAGGAAGAAUAGAGGUGAUACUAAUAAUGAGUUUGCUAAUGAAAGAUACAUAUCAUCGAGAAGCCAGUCCAAGAAUAGUGCAUAUCCAAGCAAUGCCAUUUCGAAUGCCAAAUACAAUCCUAUAACAUUCAUACCAAUUAUCUUGUAUGAGCAGUUCAAGUUUUUCUUUAAUUUAUAUUUCUUACUUGUUGCAUUGUCCCAAAUCAUCCCACAGUUGCGGAUAGGGUAUCUUUCUUCGUAUAUUGUUCCAUUAGCGUUUGUGCUAACGGUAACCAUGAUGAAAGAAGCUGGCGACGAUAUAGCUAGACGUCGUCGUGAUAAAGAACAAAAUAAUGAGUUGUACGAAGUGUUAAGUAGAUCCUCACCAAUAUCUCUUACACAAGAAGUUAAGAUGGUAGCAUCCAAAAAUUUAAAAGUGGGAGACUUGGUAAGGUUGCAUAAAGAUACGAGGAUCCCGGCAGAUAUGAUAUUAUUACAAACCUCAGAAAAGGAUGGCACAGGGGAAGCAUUUAUCAAGACAGACCAAUUAGAUGGGGAAACUGACUGGAAAUUGAGAAUUGCUAGUAAUGUAACUCAAUCCAUGAAUAAUAUUACACAAUUGAUUAAUAACAUUUCGUUGAUAGUUAGUAAUCCUACUAAAUCUAUUCAUCAUUUUACGGGUAAAUUAAUAUACCAUCCACCACAGCAGGUGGGUUCUGCAUCACCAGUUUCUAAUAAUGAAACCUUUGCAUUAACUAUUGACCAGACAUUAUGGGCUAAUACAGUUUUAGCACUGGGAACGGCAAUUGGUAUAAUUAUUUAUACUGGUAUUGAAACAAGACAACUGUUAAACACCACCAAGACCGGUGUGAAAACAGGUUUAUUAGAAUUAGAAAUCAAUAAGCUCUCUAAAAUAUUAUGUGUUGUUGUUUUAUUAUUAUCAAUCAUUUUGGUUUUCGCAAAUGGAUGGCCAUUGAAGAAGAACUGGUAUAUCGAUAUUAUGAGAUUUUUAAUUUUGUUUUCUACAAUUAUACCAGUGUCAUUGAGAGUUAACUUAGACUUAGCAAAGUCAGUUUAUGCAUCUCAGAUACAAAAUGAUAUGGACAUAAGUAAUACUAUCGUCAGAACUUCAACUAUACCUGAAGAUUUGGGGAGGAUUGAAUAUUUAUUAUCGGAUAAAACAGGGACGUUGACGCAAAAUGAUAUGGAAUUAAAAAAGUUACAUCUAGGUACUGUAAGUUAUGCGGGAGACACAUUGGAUAUUGUGACGGAUUACGUUGCUGGAAUGUUAUCAGUCAUGGAUAACAUGCACCUGAAAACCUCAAAUAGUGCGGUGAAGAAGAGGGAUUUAAAUAGCAAAGUUUGUGAUUUAAUUUUAACAUUGGCAAUUUGCCACAACGUUACUCCUACCUACGAAAACGAAGAUGACGAAAUUAAUGGUGCCGUUACUUACCAAGCAGCAUCACCAGAUGAAAUUGCAAUUGUUAAGUUCACUGAGUUGGUGGGAUUGAAAUUGCAUAGACGUGAUCGUCAUUCAAUUUCAUUGUUGCAUUUACCAACAAACCAAGUCCUAACAUUUGAGAUAUUGUACAACUUCCCUUUUAAUUCAGACACAAAAAGAAUGGGAAUAGUUGUGAAGGAUGUAAAUAGAAACAAUAUCUGGUUUAUGCAAAAGGGUGCUGAUUCAGUAAUGGCAAGCAUCGUCAGCUCUAAUGACUGGUUAGAAGAAGAAUCUGGUAAUUUAUCUCGUGAAGGACUAAGAACCUUAGUUAUUGGACGUAAAAAAUUGAAUUCUAAGUUGUAUCAAGAAUUUGUUAACAAGUACCAGGAAGCAUCUUUGUCGAUGCACGAUAGGGAAAGUUCCAUGCAAAAGGCAAUUAAUCAUUACCUUGAAAAGGACGUAGAAUUACUUGGGCUUACAGGUGUUGAAGAUAAAUUGCAGAAAGAUGUUAAAUCAUCAAUUGAAUUAUUAAGAAACGCUGGUAUUAAAAUAUGGAUGCUUACAGGUGAUAAAGUCGAAACCGCCAAAUGUGUUUCAAUCAAUGCAAAAAUUAUAUCAAGAGGACAAUACAUUCAUCAAAUCACAAAUGUAAGCCAUUCCGAUUUGGCCAUGAAUCAGUUAGAUAUCUUGCGGAUAAACUUAAAUUCAUGUUUGUUAAUUGAUGGUGAAUCUUUGAGCAUUUACAUGAAAUACCAUAAAAAAGAAUUUUUUGAAAUUGUGAUUAAAUUACCGGCUGUGAUUGCUUGUCGUUGUACGCCGCAACAGAAGGCAGAUGUGGCUACUAUAAUCAAGGAGGUUACUGGAAAAAGAGUUUGUUGUAUUGGUGAUGGGGGUAACGAUGUUAGUAUGAUCCAAUGUGCAGACGUAGGUGUCGGUAUUGUUGGUAAAGAGGGAAAACAAGCUUCAUUAGCAGCAGAUUUUAGCAUUGAUCAAUUUUGCUACUUAUUGAAGUUAUUGUUGUGGCACGGUAGGAAUUCGUAUAAGAGAUCAGCAAAACUAGGCCAGUUUGUUAUUCAUAGAGGAUUGCUUAUCUCGGUAGCCCAAGCGGUGUACUCAAUUGCUUCAAAAUUCGAACCCUUAGCCCUAUACCAGGGGUGGUUAAUGGUUGGGUAUUCUACGUUUUACACCAUGGCUCCCGUGUUUUCCCUCACGCUUGACUGUGAUAUCGAUGAAAAAUUGACCAAAUUGUAUCCUGAAUUGUACAAGGAAUUAACAUUGGGCAAAUCAUUAUCGUAUAAGAGCUUUUUCAUGUGGGUGUUGAUCUCGCUCUUCCAGGGCAGUAUCAUCCAAUUGUUAUCGCAAGGCUUUCAAUCAUUGGCUCUGGAAGACUUCACAAAAAUGGUUGCUUUAUCAUUCUCGUGCCUCAUUUACAAUGAAUUGAUAAUGGUGUGUCUCCAAAUCAACAAGUGGAACAAAGUAAUGCUUUCCACCAUUAUCAUCACCUUCAUCAUUUACAUUGUUUCGAUUCCAUUCUUAGACGAAUACUUCGACUUAGACUACAUCACUUCGUUUCUGUAUACGUGGCAGACCUUGGUCAUUUUGGUGAUUAGCCUAUUUCCGGUUUGGGCUUCCCAAGCAAUAAACAGAAAAUUAAGACCUCCGAGUUAUGCAAAGGUCCAACAGGACUAG